UCCCUGUGUGUGUGGUAGUUGUGUGGUGAUUCGCGGGUUUUGGUUAUAGGUUGGCCCUGUUCUGUGAAUUUUGAGUGUGUGUGAUAGUGAUAUUAUUGUUCAAAAUUUAACAAAAUGCCUCCAAAGAAACGUGAUAAAGAUCAAGAUUCUUCUAAAACAAGAGUAGAUCUUGUACAAGCUGACCAUGAGUUAUUUCUUCAAGCGUUUGAAAAACCGACCCAAAUCUACAGAUUUUUACGAUCGAGGAAUAUGUUAUGUCCCAUAUUUUUGAAUCGUACAUUGACGUACAUGCGAGGACGUAUGUCCCGGUCAAACAAGUCUCGGAAGACAUUCCGCAUAGACUCACUACUGGAACGUGUGGAGCGAGCGCAGAGUGUUGGCCAACAUCCAAUGUCGGGCUAUAUGACUCUCACCUUUCUGGGCUUCUACGAUAAAAAGGGUGGCAGCAAUGAAGAUGCUGUAAAGGUGGAAACUCUUCUACUCAAAAUUUGCCACAAGAAGAGGAAAGAGAGUUCGUGCCCUGUUCAAACGGGUACUUCCCGUGAAUUUUCAUUUGUCACGGCUGCCAACCCGGGUGCACUGUUGUUACAGAAGUCACUGGGCACCAGCUUCGUAGCUUACAACCCACCUGAGGAUAGUCUGACAAAGGUGCCGGCCUUGUCUAUCCCCACAGAAUGCUUCAGCCUUACCGAGGGGAACCAGGUCAAGUCCUACCAUCUGCUUCUGCGAGUUGGACCCCACAACCCCAUCCCCAACGGGGACAUUGACUCCGAGCCGCCACACAAGAGAAGGAAGUCAGUGAAAGGUGAUGGGGAGGGUGAAGAAGGAGGCUGGCACCAGUACGGCACUGACCUCAUCAUCUACGACAAGCAGAACCGUUGCUUGCUGUCCGAUGGGGACUAUGAGCUGCUGCUGGAGGCUCUCACUCCGGGAGCAAAGAUCUCACAUGCCCUCUCUGCCUGGGAGUACAUUGGACCCAUCAAGGAGGACCAAGCAGACCAGUUGUCUUCAUCAUUUGAACAGUUCAGUACAGGCCCUACGCUGAAGUUUCGACUGAGAUGGUCGAGGGAACCGGUCACCAAACUUGUCGACCGACCCAAACUUGUGAAUCCUGCAGUGGAAGAUACGUUAGAUACCAACAGCAACAAGGAAAAUGAUAGGCCAGCUGAGAAAGAAGACAACAAAUGUGAGAACCGCCUUCAGAUUGUGUACCAGUUCCUGUACAACAACAACAGCCGGCAGCAGACUGAAGCGUGCGAGGAUCUUCACUGUCCGUGGUGUUCGCUGGACUGUACAACACUCUACUGUCUACUCAAACACCUCAAACUGUGUCACUCUAGGUUCACCUUCACUUAUGUCCCUAUCCCGGGAGGAGCGCGGAUCGAUGUGGCCAUCAAUGAAUACUAUGACGGUUCGUACUCUGGGAGCCCCCAGGAUCUCAUCUCACAACCACCCGGGAUGGCAUUCUCGAGAAACGGCCCGGUCCGUCGUACUAGUGUUUCCAACAUCCUCGUCUGCUAUCCCAAGCGGCCGCAACCCUCGCUGUCUGAGUUUUUGGAAUUGGAUGAGAACGAAUUUGACGGCCAAAGACCUUACAUCACUGGCCACAACAGGUAG